UGUCUGCCAACGCGGUUGUUUUGAAUGGUAUUCCGUCAAGGUCUGCAAAAAUGUCUCUCGCUGGUUUGAGGAAGCAAAUCAACAAAGCUAAUCAGUUUAUGAGUGAGAAAAUUGGAGGAGCAGAGGGUACAAAACUAGAUGAUGAAUAUAUUGAAAUUGAAAAAAAAGUUGAUACAAUUUCUAAAUUAUUUGAAGAUGUCAUAGCACAAACACAGGAAUAUCUACAACCAAAUCCAGCCUAUCGUGCCAAAUUAAUGACAAUGAAUACAUUAAAUAAGUUACAAGGGAAAUCAAAAUGUGCAGCUUAUCCUCAACCUGAAAAUCAAUUAGGUGAAUGUAUGGUAAAAUUUGGUCGCGAUUUAGGUCCUGAUUCGUGUUAUGGUCAAUGUCUUGUAGAAGCUGGUGAAACAUUUAAAUGUUUAGCAAAUAUUAAAUACACUAUGGAAGAACAUGUAAAAGAGAAUUUUCUAGAUCCUCUACAUAGUGUACAAACACAUGAAUUAAAAGAGAUCAAUUAUCAUCGUAAAAAACUCGAAGGACGAAGAUUAGAUUUUGAUUGUAAAAAACGAAAACAGGAUCGAAGUGCAAACAAUUCAAGAUUGCCUGAAGAUGAAGUUAAAAUUGCUGAAGAAAAAUUCAAUGAAUCAAAAGUAUUAGCUGAACAAGCAAUGAUAAACUUUUUGAAUAGUGAAACUGAUCAUAUGCAGUCAUUAUUAGAAUUCGCAACAUCACAAGCGGAUUAUCAUCGUCAAGCUGCAGAGAUUAUGGAACAAUUGAGGAAAUUUUUAAUUGAAAAGAAAGAAGAAACAAUGUCAAAACCACAUAAAGUAUACGAAGUAAAACGUGUAAAUGUCACAUUAAAUCAUGAUAUAUCAGGGAGCAAGAGUCCAUUAAAUAGUACUUUAAAUACUCCAACUAAAAAUGGUCCAAGUCCUCAUACAACAAAGAAUGUACCUAUUUUAGGACCAUCUUGUAAAGCAUUAUUUGAUUUUGAAGCAGAAAAUGAAUCGGAAUUAUCAUUCUCUGAAGGUGAUAUAAUUAGUUUAAUAUUACGUGUUGAUGAAAAUUGGUUUGAAGGUGAAUUAAAUGGUCGUAAAGGUUAUUUUCCAGUGAAUUAUGUUGAAGUGAUUAAUCCAUUACCAUCAUAGAAAUUAAUUGUUUUCUUACUUUUUGUCGUUGUGUAUGUGUUAGUAGUAGUGUCUUAUAAGCAGAAAAUGUCAAUAUAUCAUGACAUAAACAUUAUGAUAAUGAAAGAUAGCCUAAUAUUUCCUCAUAUUCAACAAAUUGUACACAUAUUACAACACUGAUGAUGAUAAUAAUAAUAACAGCAAAAGUACAAAUACAAAGAUAUCUAUCAUUAUUCGACCAAUUAUACUUAUUUCUUAUAUUCAAUAUACUAUAGCUAUAUAUAUAGAUUAAAAGCAUUCGUCAACUAUACUAGUAAAGUUAACAACUUGGUGGAGACAAACAUCAUCAUAUAUUAUUGUUUAUAAUCUCUAAUUUAUUUAUUAUUUAACUCUAUCACAGAUAUACAAAUGACAUGCAAUAAAAGCCGGUAAAUUAUCAUUUAUUCUAAUUAUUAUUAUUAUUAUCGUUUUAUUGCUUUAUUCUUAUACCUACCUACCUACCUACCUUAUAUUUCUUUUCACUUUUCUUUUAUACAUUACCAUUUAAGACAAUGGGUAUUGUGUAUUCAAUGCACAGGAUAUUACUGUUAUCAUUAUUAUGAGUAGUAGUAGCAAUAGUCUUGUCAAUAUCAAUCUUCACAGGUGUCUCUAUCUACUAUCUGUCCAUCUAUCUAUCUAUGUAAUAAAUAAUCAAACAAACACAUAUUCUACGCUUAUAUUUUAUUCUUAAUAUGAAGGAUAUUAUAGCAUAUUUCUUCUUUUUUACUUCUUGUCGUUGUUGUUGACAACUGACUUCAUUGUUUAAUUUUAAAAUGAACCACUUUUUCCUCUUUUAGAAAUUCUAUUCAACCAAUAUAUAUAUAUACAUAUGCAUAUAUUGUUCAAAUUGAUCAAUAUAUGGUUCUUAUUAUUUGUCAAAGAGGAAUUAUGAUUCUAUAUUAUUCUAUUAUAAAGAUCAUAAUUACAUAAUUUUUAAAAAAAAAAACCCCAAUUCUUCAUAUGAUCCACAUUUAUAUAUAUAUUUGUUUAUUUUGAUAAUAUCUAUGCUUGUUUAUUUCUGUUUGUAUGUGUGUGUGUAUGUAUGAAUAUUACUCUUUUUCUCUCUCGUAACAUUCCAUUUGGUUUCCCUCUCACUCCUUUGGUCCUUCAUCUUGUUUCCUAAUUCAUUUUAAUUUUAAUGACCAAAUGUAAUAAAUGAAUAAUAAUAAUAAUAAUAAAAUUAUUCUUGUUCAUUUCUUUCAAUAAUCAAUUUCUCAUUUGCUUAAUUUUACUCUUGUUAAUCAUAAUCAUAAUAAUGAUGAUAAUAAAAACAGUAAGUAUAAUACUAUUUGACAGAUAUUAAGUAAGUGUUUAUUUACAUAAUGAUUAUUAAAAUUAUUUUCAAUUCCCAU